AGCCCCAGGCACAAAGUUCGAUUUUUUUUUUAACCAAACAGCAGAUUAUCAUGGACUUUAUUGUCUGCUGUGGACCCACUGUGUAAAGAACAAUGGAACAACAGGCUGUAAAACGAAAAGAAAGGAUCGCUGGCUUUGGAGCAAAAGCCUUUGGGGGACAAGUUGUUGAGAAUGCAAUGCUCAGUAAAGAAGAAUUUAUUGAGAAGGUCCGUCAGAGCAAUGAAGCAUGUAAAAAUGGAGACUUUCAAAUGGCCAUUGAACUCUACAGCGAAACCUUGCAAGUUGAUCCUCAAAACUGCAUCUUGUAUAGUAACAGAUCAGCAGCAUUUCUGAAAACUCUGCAGUAUGAAAAGGCUUUAGAUGACGCUAUUAAAGCCCGCUUGCUGAAUCCUAAAUGGCCAAAGGCAUACUUCCGACAGGGUGUUGCCCUUCAGUAUCUUGGGCGCCAUGCGGAUGCACUGGCUGCCUUUGCUUCCGGCUUGGCUCAGGAUCCCAAGAGCUUACAGCUUUUACUUGGCAUGGUAGAAGCAGCAAUGAAAUCGCCAAUGAGAGAAUCCCUGGAACCAACCUAUCAGCAACUCCAGAAAAUGAAACUAGACAAAAGUCCCUUUGUGGUUGUGUCAGUGAUUGGGCAAGAACUACUGACCUCAGGACACCAUGGAGCGUCUGUGGUUGUACUAGAAGCUGCCCUGAAAAUCGGAACUUGCAGUCUAAAACUGAGGGGAUCAGUCUUUUCUGCCCUAAGCAGUGCUUACUGGUCUCUUGGGAACACAGAGAAAAGUACAGGAUAUAUGCAACAGGACUUGGACGUAGCAAAGACUCUAGGUGACCAGACGGGAGAGUGCCGAGCCUAUGGGAAUCUGGGAUCUGCAUUCUUUUCCAAAGGAAACUUUCGGGAGGCACUUACUAACCACAGACAUCAGCUAGUCCUUGCCAUGAAACUAAAGGAGAGAGAGGCAGCGUCAUCUGCGUUAAGCAGUUUGGGUCAUGUCUACACAGCUAUUGGUGAUUACCCCAAUGCUCUGGCCAGCCACAAGCAGUGUGUUCUACUAGCUAAACAAUCCAAAGAUGAACUGUCUGAAGCAAGAGAGCUGGGGAACAUGGGAGCUGUCUAUAUUGCAAUGGGGGACUUUGAAAAUGCAGUCCAUUGUCAUGAGCAACAUUUAAAAAUUGCAAAGGACCUUGGAAACAAACGGGAGGAAGCACGAGCUUACAGCAACCUUGGCAGUGCCUUCCACUACAGAAGAAAUUUUGACAAGGCAAUGUCUUACCACAACCAUGUUCAAGAACUUGCCCAGGAAUUAUCAGACAAGUCAAUAGAAAUGCGAGCCUAUGCAGGUUUAGGACAUGCUGCACGGUGCAUGCAAGAUUUGGAGAGAGCUAAACAAUACCACGAACAACAACUAUGCAUUGCAGAAAGUCUGAAAGAUCGGGCAGCUGAGGGAAGAGCUUCUUCAAACCUGGGAAUAAUUAAUCAAAUGAAAGGAGAAUUUGAUACUGCACUAAAACUACAUAAAACUCACCUUUCCAUCGUUCAAGAACUGAAUGAUUAUGCAGCCCAAGGUAGGGCUUAUGGAAACAUGGGAAAUGCAUACAAUGCGCUUGGAAUGUUCGACCAAGCUGUGAAAUACCACCGGCAAGAGCUCCAGAUUUCAAUGGAGGUCAAUGACAGAGCUUCGCAAGCUUCUACGCAUGGAAAUUUAGCUGUAGCCUAUCAGGCCUUAGGUGCCCAUGACAGAGCUUUGCAGCAUUACCAAAACCACCUGAACAUUGCUAGAGAGCUGAGAGACAUACAGAGUGAGGCCCGAGCUCUGAGCAACCUUGGAAAUUUUCAUUGCUCCCGUGCCGAAUAUAUGCAAGCCGUACCGUUCUAUGAACAGUACCUAAGAAUAUCUCCUGAUUUACAGGAUAUGGAAGGCGAAGGAAAGGUUUGUCAUAAUCUUGGCUAUGCCCAUUACUGUCUUGGAAAUUACCAGGAAGCUGUCAAAUAUUAUGAACAGGAUCUUGCAUUGGCAAAGGAUCUUCAUGACAAGAUGAGCCAAGCCAAGGCUUACUGUAACUUGGGCCUUGCAUUUAAAGCAUUAAUGAACUAUAAUAAAGCAGAGGAUUGCCAGAAAUACCUUUUGUCUUUGGCACAGUCCUUGAAUAAUUCCCAAGCAAAAUUCCGUGCACUUGGAAACCUUGGUGAUAUUUUUGUCUCUAAGAAAGAUGUAAAUGGUGCAAUAAAGUUUUACGAGCAGCAGUUAAGUUUAGCCCAUCAAGUGAAAGACAGGAGACUAGAGGCAAGUGCUUAUGCUGCCUUAGGAAGUGCUUAUAGAAUGAUACAAAAAUAUGACAAAGCUUUGGGGUAUCAUACGCAAGAGCUGGAGGUCUUCCAGGAAUUAAAUGAGUUACCAGGAGAAUGCAGAGCUCAUGGCCAUCUGGCUGCAGUUUAUAUGUCUCUUGAGAAGUACACUAUGGCCUUCAAAUGCUACGAAGAACAACUUGAGCUUGGGCAAAAGCUUAAAGAUCCUAGCAUAGAAGCUCAAGUCUAUGGAAACAUGGGCAUCACCAAAAUGAACAUGAAUGUAAUGGAGGAAGCUAUAGGCUACUUCGAACAGCAGUUAGCCAUGUUACAACAGUUGAAUGGUAAUGAAUCAAUACUUGACAGAGGUCGGGCUUAUGGAAAUUUGGGAGACUGUUAUGAUGCCCUUGGAGACUAUGAAGAAGCAAUAAAAUAUUACGAGCAGUAUUUAUCUGUAGCCCAGAGUUUAAAUCGUUUGCAAGACCAGUCGAAGGCCUACAGGGGACUUGGAAAUGGACACAGGUCCAUGGGAAAUUUACAGCAGUCCCUUGUGUGCUUUGAAAAGAGGCUUGUGGUUGCUCAUGAACUUGGGGAGACAUCAAACAAGGCCCAAGCAUAUGGGGAGCUGGGAAGCUUGCACAGUCAGCUAGGAAAUUAUGAACAAGCAAUAUCCUGUCUGGAACGGCAAUUAAACAUUGCCAGGGAAAUGAAAGACCAGAUACUGGAGAGUGAUGCAGCUUGUGGUCUGGGUGGAGUAUAUCAGCAGAUGGGGGAAUUCGAUACUGCAUUACAGUACCAUCAACUAGACUUGCAGAUAGCGGAGGAAACCAACAAUCCAUCUUGUCAGGCUCGAGCGUAUGGAAAUCUUGGACUAACUUAUGAAUCCCUUGGUAACUUUGAGAGAGCUGUGGUUUAUCAAGAGCAGCACCUUAGCAUUGCAGCAGAAAUGAAUGACUUAGUGGCUAAGACCAUAGCUUAUAGUAGCCUAGGGAGAACUCACCAUGCUUUGCAGAACUACUCCCAGGCAGUAAUGUACCUACAGGAAGGCUUGAGGUUAGCAGAACAGCUGGCCCGUAGAGAAGAUGAGGCCAAAAUUAGACAUCGCCUUGGACUUUCGCUGUGGGCUAGCGGAAACCUGGAAGAAGCUCAGCAUCAGCUUUACAGAGCCUCAGCGUUAUUUGAAACAAUAAGACAUGAAGUUCAGCUCAGCACUGAUUAUAAGCUCUCCCUCUUCGAUCUGCAAACAUCAUCAUACCAAGCCCUGCAACGUGUGUUAAUCAGUCUCGGUCAUCAUGAUGAGGCUCUAGCAGUGGCAGAAAGAGGGAGAACGAGGGCAUUUGCUGAUCUCCUAGUAGAACGUCAAACCGGUCAGCAGGAAUCUGAUCCAUAUUCACCUGUGACUAUUGAUCAAAUAUUGGAGACAAUAAAUAGUCAAAGAGGCCUGGUGCUAUAUUACUCAUUAGCUGCUGGUUAUCUUUACAGCUGGCUUCUUGCUCCUGGUUCAGGAAUAUUAAAAUUUCAUGAAUGUUAUUUGGGAGACACAUUAAUGGAAAAUGCCAGUGAGUUUAAUGAAUGUGGAAGUAUGGGUUUCCACAGCGCCAAUAACUCGGUAAUAGAGCAGUACAUAGCAAAUGUCCGAGAGAAUCUUGGAGUGGAGUCUUAUUACACUAGGACUUGUGCAAGCAGUGAGACUGAAAGCGAGGCCGGAGACUAUAUGGACCAACAAUACGAUGACAUUAACAAUAAAAUUAAUUCUGUCACAGAUCCUACUGGAUUCCUGCGAAUGGUCAACAGGAACAACACCUUCAACAGGAGCUGCCAAAGUAUGACCAGUCUUUUCAGUAAUCCAACAUCACCAGUGAAGGACAACAUGUCUUCUCUUCCCCGAAAACAGAGCCCUCUUAGUAAACCACCACUGCGUGCUUUGUACGAUCUACUCCUGGCUCCAAUGGAAGGGGGCCUAAUGCAUUCCAGUGGUCCUGUUGGGCGACAUAGGCAGCUGGUUCUUGUUCUAGAAGGGGAACUUUACCUCAUCCCAUUUGCGUUGCUGAAGGGAAGCUCAUCGAAUGAGUAUCUUUAUGAGCGUUUCAGUCUGAUUUCUGUUCCUUCCAUCCGCUCGCUGAACGUAAAUUCCAAGUCUCAUUUACGCAAAAAUGCAGCAAUGUAUUCAAGUUCUACCUCAAUGGCUGCUGUUGUGGGGAACCCCAAGCUUCCUCCUUCUGUGAUGGAUAGGUGGCUUUGGGGGCCAAUGCCCUCAGCUGAAGAAGAAGCAUAUAUGGUAUCUGAGCUACUUGGAUGUCAACCUCUUGUGGGCAGCUCAGCGACAAAGGAAAAAGUUAUGAGUGCACUUACUCAAGCCGAAUGCGUCCACUUUGCUACCCACAUCUCAUGGAAACUAGCAGCACUAAUUUUAACACCGAACUGCGAGAGUGGAUCAGGAACAAAUAAAGGCACUUUCGUCAAUACAUACACUAUUCCAGAGUCAUUACAAAUGCAGGAUGAUGCUAGCGAUGUUGAGAGCAUAUCAGAUUGUCCACCUCUACAGGAAUUUCUUCUAACAGCCGCAGAUGUACUGGAUCUCCGGCUCCCUGUAAAGUUAGUGGUUCUUGGGUCCUACCAGGAGUCCAGCAACAAAGUUACAGCAGAUGGUGUUAUUGGCUUGACACGAGCGUUCCUGGCUGCCGGUGCUCAAUGUGUCCUUGUAUCUCUUUGGCCUGUGCCGGUGGCAGCAUCAAAAAUGUUUGUACACGCUUUCUAUUCAUCUCUUCUAAAUGGCAUGAAAGCAAGUGCGGCACUCUCAGAAGCAAUGAAAACUGUUCAAAGCAGUAAGCAGCACUCACAUCCAUCAAACUGGGCAGGAUUUAUGCUUAUUGGAAGCGAUGUGAAGCUCAACAGCCCCUCAUCACUGAUUGGCCAAGCAUUGUCAGAGAUCCUCCAAAAUCCAGACCGGGCAAGAGAUGCCCUGAGGGUCCUGUUACAUCUGGUUGAAAAGUCCUUGCAGCGCAUUCAGAAUGGACAGCGGAAUUCCAUGUAUACUUCCCAGCAGAGUGUGGAGAAUAAAGUGGGUGGAAUUCAUGGCUGGCAGUCCCUGUUGACAGCAGUAGGAUUUCGUCUUGACCCUCCAAGCAGUGGCCUUCCUGCAGCAGUGUUUUUCCCUACUUCAGAUCCUGGUGACCGCCUACAGCAGUGUAGCACCACAAUCCAGUCACUGUUAGGUUUGCCUCAUGCCGCACUACAAGCACUUUGCAAACUGAUUACUGCUUCAGAAACAGGAGAACAGCUAAUUAAUCGGGCUGUUAAAAAUAUGGUUGGAAUGUUGCACCAGGUCCUUGUUCAACUUCAGACAGGAGACAAAGAACAUGAUUUCUCGUCAGCGCCGAUCCAGGUCUCUAUCAGCGUUCAGCUUUGGAGAUUACCUGGAUGUCAUGAAUUUCUGGCAGCUUUAGGAUUUGACCUGUGUGAAGUUGGCCAAGAAGAGGUCAUCCUGAAAACAGGCAAACAAGCAAACAAGAGGACAAUGCAGUUUGCUCUUCAAUCACUCCUUGCUCUUUUUGAUUCUACUGAGCUCCCAAAACGCCUUAGUCUUGACAGUUCUUCAUCCCUUGAAUCCUUGGCAUCUGCUCAGUCAAUUUCCAACCCAAUGUCUCAAGGCUACCCUGGUCAUCCAUUCUCCCCAACAUGCCCUGAUGGUAUGGCCUCAGAUGCUAUAUCAGUGUACAGUUUGAGCUCAAUUGCAUCUUCUAUGAGUUUUGUUUCCAAAGCAGAUUGCUUAGCAGAAGAACACAAGGUACGUCUGGAUCAUGACAGACCAAAAAAUAUAUAUACUCACAGAACCUCUACAACAAGAGGUCAGUCUUCCCCUCAAACCAACAUGUCUUCAAGCAAGGAGGAGCAGGAGGAGUAUGAUGGGUUUUCUAUAAUAAGCAACGAACCUCUUCUGUCAUACACAGAUCCUAACCUCAAACAUGACAAUAUUCAGGAAACAAUCCAAGUGUCAGUAAACUCAAAAGGAAGUAUAAGCACACCAAAUUCUCCUGUUAAACUAGCUCUUAUUCCAAGUCCAAAUUCACCAUUCCAAAAAGUUGGAAAACUAGUAAGUUCAGAUACAGGAGAGUCAGAUCAAUCCAGCACGGAAACAGAUAGUACAGUAAAAUCUCAAGAAGAAACAAACCCAAUGCUUAAUCCUGAAGAGCUGGCCCAAAGGAUUUUAGAGGAGACUCAAAGCCACCUGAUUGCAGUUGAACGGCUUCAGAGAAGUGGCAGUCUGGUUAAUAAAACAAAUAAUUCACCAGAUGGUGCUUCCACUCCAAAUGGUAGCUCAACAUUUAGGUCAUCUGAAACAAGCGCUUUUAGUAGACCUGCUCAGAAAGGAAUGCCUUCCCCAGUAACUGUGAAACCAAAGCCUCCAACAAGAAGUUCAUCUCUUCAGAAAGUGAGCUCAGGAUACAACAGCCCUGCAAACUCUGAAACAUCACUAAAGGACUCUGGAAGACUCCACAGUGGUCAGCCUUCUCCCAGUUCAGACUCACCUAGUUUUAAACUGAAAUAUCCUAGCUCGCCAUACAGCUCUCAUAUUUCAAGAUCGCCAAGAAACAUGUCUCCAAGCUCAGGCCACCAGUCUCCUGCAGGAAGCACAUCAUCUCCAGCUCUUUCAUACUCUUCUGCUGGAUCUGCUCGCUCAAGCCCUGCUGAUGCUCCUGAUAUUGAUAAACUAAAACUUGCUGCCAUUGAUGAAAAGGUGAAAGCUAUUCAUAAUCUGAAGAUGUUUUGGACAAGUACACCACAACAUACAUCUGGUCCCAUCAAAAUAUUACGAGGAACUCCAGGAACAAUGACUUCAAAGAAAGACGUUCUUAGUUUGUUGAACCUGUCUCCUCGACAUAGCAAGAAAGAGGAAGCAACAGAUAACCUUGAACUGAAAGAAUUAUCUGUUCAGCAAAAGCAUGUUGAUGCCACGCAAAAAAAUCCACCAAAUGGCCACAAACACUCAGAAAACAUUAAUGUAGCAAAUGUAGCACAGUCAUCACCAUCAAUUAAUGUACCUGGAACUAUACGCAAUUUAAAGUUAGCAUCUGGGAAUGGGUACAAGUUCCUUUCACCAGGAAGAUUUUUUCCAUCUUCAAAGUGUUAAAAUGUCUUUUUUACAACUUUUACGGCCUUGUUGCUAUUUGUAUUUUGUCAAUGUCCAAUUGCCUUCAUUAAGUGAAAGACUAAAAUAUUUCAUGUGAAGCAGUGGUCACAAUGGAUUGCAUAUAUACCAAAGUUGUAUCAAAUUUAGAAAUAUAAUUUGUAAUGAAAAUUUACUAAAUUUUAUAUUAUGAUAAUACUGAGGUUGUUUCCUGAAAAAUAAACAAAACUACACGUAGAUGUAAAAUACCAAGUGGGAUUUGAAAAAUCACAUUGAAUAUUUGCUCUGAGAUAACUUUAUUGAAAUGCAGUCAGUACUUCCAUGCUUUAGGUAUAUUUAUAAUAGUGUUAUGUAUCGAAAUGUGAAAUACACAAAAUGUUUUGAUAUUACAAUAAAUUCUGUUAUUAUUA